CGCAGCCGUUUCGGCUCUCAAGCCCAGGCUCUGUGCGCUCGAGCUUUGUCUUGGCCGGGCCAGCCCGGCUUCGCUCCGGCUGCGACGUUCGCACCCAUGGGCGGCCCUGCUGUAGGUAUAGAGGCCUGCGGCCCGCGCACGGGCGGCUCGGAGCUGGAGGAGGAGGACGAGCUCGGCCAGGAGCCCUGGGCGGGCCUGCGGGCGCGGCAGGUCUCGGAGCCGGUGAUGAAGCGCCAGCCCUCCGCGGCCGCGCGCCAGGUCUCGGGGCGAGCGGGGGGCGCCCUGGGCGGCGGCUACAUCCGCGAGGAGCUGGAGGAGCCCGAGGAGGAGCGCCCGGUGCCCGAGGAGGAGGAGCUGGGGGAGCCCUGCUGGCUGCUCGGGCAGGACGGGAAGGCGGCGCGCCAGGAGUCGGACAACCUCAGCAGCUUCGGGUCGCCGGGGCCCCUGCCGCGGCAGGAGACGGAGAUGCACUGGCCGUCCUGGGGCGCGGCGGGCCUGCCGCAGCACGCGGGCGAGGGCGAGGGCGAGCCCGACCACUCGGGCGAGUGGCCCGGCGUGUUCUCCCAGGUGUCCGACGAACAGAUGCUGAUGCCCAUGGCCUCGCUGGGCAGCUCUGGGGGCUGGCAGAACGCCAUGGCGAGCACCGCUCUCCAGGCCUCCUGCGGCUUCGACGCCUCGCUGGCCAGCGCGGCCAUGGCGGCAAUGCAGGACAACCGCGCCGGCGGUGUCCACGCCGGGGUCCCCUCGCCGGAGUGGGCCAGCGUCUACACCGUCAUGAUGCGCAACCUGCCCAACAAGUACACCCAGCAGCUGCUCCUGGAGGAGAGCUGA